UCGCAUUAAAUAACUCAUACACAUAUGGACUCUGUACCUUCUUAUAACCGCAUUAUUUUUGAUAAAAUUUCAAAGGGUCCCAUCACUAGCUACUUAUUAGAUUAUGUGACUAGAGAGUAUGAAGCCAUUAUAUCGUGUCCGACAAGUAAUAAAAGACACCGCAGUGACAGUGUAGAAGACUGUUAUAACCAUAGCAAAUCAUCUCGAUUACAAAUGUCAAAUAGCGGGUUACCAUCACCACCGUUGUCAUCACCCGAAAGCAAAUACGAAUAUAAUACCAAUCAUAUUUCGCGACCUCCGACACCACCUUAUAGUAAUAGUGUGCCGCUGCGGUCCUAUAUCGAAUCUGUGGUUGAAAAAUCGCGCAUUGAUACUGGCACGCUGUUAACAUCGCUGUCGUAUGCCCGCCGCUUAAAAUCCAAAUUAGCCAGCACAUCCAAGGGCAUGGAAUGUACCCAUCACCGGAUUUUCUUGGCAACCCUUAUUAUCGCAUCCAAAUAUAUCCACGACACUGCUCUUAAAAAUAAAUAUUGGGUGACUUAUGCUCAAAUGUUUUCUGCCUCUGAAAUCAAUUUGAUGGAGAAGCAAUUACUACAACUCUUGGACUAUAACCUAGAAAUCAAAUGGGCCGAAUACAACGUCAUUGUGAAUGAUACCGUUCAAGUCUAUUUCCAAAAUAAUUACUCGAAAGAGUCUGUACCUCCCCUUCCUCCUCCUUCAUCUCAAAAAUUUCACACUCAUAAUCUAUUAAAUCGCUUAAAUCCUUUACCUACGUAAUAUAUCACAAGCUUUCUCUUUCCGGAAAUAAUAAAACUUUCAUUCUUUUUUUUUUAUACGUCA